AUGCAGAAGUUAUUGGAUGAGAUCAACCAAGUAAAAAAUGAUGUGGAAGUUUAUUUGAACACACAGAAAGAGACGUCAGAUGGAAAUCAAACUGAAAUCAGAAAUUUCAAUGAAAAUAUCAAUGAUCUUCGAACACGAAUGGAUGCUAUGGCAAGAGGAUCGGAUUCUAAUUGGCCAAUGGAAACAUUCGAUCAAGUAAAACGAGAUGCAUUGGAUACACUAUCGAAUCUUUCGAAAAGAUUACAUGAAUUCAAUCAACAUUUCGAAGAAACAGUUGAUGUCAAUGCACGACCAUUUGCUCCUACAAAAGGAAUUGAAGCAUUAGCUAGUAGACAUCCACUAAUUAAACCUGAAGAUACAACAUCAUCAUCGUCAUCCGACGAAGAAGCGGUCAGCGAUGAAGAAAGUGUAGUUCUACCGAACAAUAGAAAUCAAGGAACGUCAAAUUCGCCUCAAGUAGUAAAAUUCAAAGAAGCGUCGACAUCGAGCGAAGAAGAUGACAGUGAAGAUGAGGACGAGGAAUCAGAAAACAAAAAUUCUGAUCAGUCGGCAGAGCCGCAUCGUAAACACAUUACCAAUGAUCAUAAUUACCAAUCGCGAACAUCAACACCACUACAUAAAAAUAUGAAUCCACCACCAGUUCAACUUCAUUCUUCUUCAUCAUCCUCGUCAUUGUCAUCAACUUCUACACAAGCUUAUGUGGCAUCGAAUCGCCACAAACUAACAGCUUCAAAUCAAACCCCGGAACAAAGUCUUACCGAAGAUGACGAUGAUGAUGAACCAGGUGGAGUAGAUAUGAAUUUACGUCAACUUCGAAGAACAACAUAUACACCGGGAACAUUGUUUCGCGUUCUACGCGAUUUCGCCGGUGAAGAAAUCGGUGAUUUAGCAAUACAUAAGGACGAGCACUUAAUUCUCGUCAAACAACAUGAUGAUGAUGAUUGGUGGUUAUUUAAAAAUGCUCAAACUCAACGAGAAGGCCUAGUGCCUAUUAAUUACAUUCAGCCCAGUGAAAAAGUACCAAACCAAUCAAGACAAUGGCAACCAAUUGCUCAGACAUCAUCAGCAUCAUCACUUGUCAAAGCUUUCAAAACGAAUAAUAAUAUUCCAUCAGGAUUUUCCGCAUCAAGUUUAACAUCAUUGAUUAAAAAAGAUCGGUAUAAAUUAUCCUACAUGCUAAUUCCAAAGAUGACCGAAUCGAACUUGACCUUUGCUGACCUGCAUUGGCAGUAUGAUGUCGAUCGUAUAUGUGCUUAUCCAGCUACAUAUAAAAAAGUUCUCAAUAUUAAAAAGUGUUCAAAAAUACCCAAGAUUACCGGAGCAAAUAUUGAGAUACUUAAUCGCUGCAUUCGUAUAUGUCUUUAUGAUGGUUCUGAAAUCAUUUCUAAUAUCCAUUCAAGUCGAAUGAAGAUCUCCGAAAAAUCAAAAGCGACUGAUAUAACUGAAAGCUGGAUUCCUUAUCCUUAUCAAACACUUCCAGUAAUCGAUGAAGGAUUGAUUUUUCUCAUUCGUUCAAAUGAAUACCAUCCGUCGAAAUCUUUAUAUUUACUUAUUGAGUUAUCACAAUUUUGCCAAUCAACAAUAAAUGAAGAAACUUGCGAAAUUGCUUGCGGCUGGAGUAUGAUUCCAUUGAGCAAUGAUCUUAAUCGUCCGUUACAUAUGAGCGGAACAAUGAAAUACAACGAAUGUCUACAAGGUGGCAAAUUUCCAGAGCAAAAUAUCUUGCUCGAUUCGCGGUACAAAACUUCGCGAUCAAAUAAACGAGCGCGUAUCCGAUUCACAUUAGAAUCUCGUGAAAAGUACGCAGAACCAGAUUACGAUCAACUACCAUUAAGAUCAAUGAUUAUACCGAUUGAUUUAGUGACUAUACUUGUUUUCUACCGGAAUGAACUCGCUUAUAAUAAAUUACAAGAAUCUGCCGGAUUCGAUGGUGCAUCUUCAACGCCGUUACAUUCUAUAUUUCUUGCUACAUUUCAUCGAGUUCUUGAUCAGCCAGACCUUAUUUAUGUACUCCAACGAUUGUUUCCUACAAAGACAAAGUUAACUACUGAACAGCAAAGAAAAGAGAUUCUCAGAAUCUAUGAAUCAUCUGUUUAUCCAUUAUUAUUUUAUCGAUCACUACCGUUAUAUGACUUUCACAAUAGAGAUAAGACUAGCAUUCAAGAACGAAGAAAAUUAAUUUUACAAGUAAUGGGAAAAUAUCGGAAGAGAAGAGGUUGUCCACCUGACGUUCUCGAAUUAUUGCUGGAUCCUGCCUUAACAGAUAAAUGGGCACCAUUUACAAUAGAUGAAGUUUGUUUUUCAUUACAAAACUAUGUUCUUAACUCUUGA